AUGGGCACCGUCGGUGAAUUGCCUGCUGGCGAUAGAGUUUCCAAGUACGAAUGCAGCUACUGCGGGAAGGGCUUCACACGCCCCAGUAGUCUCAAGAUACAUAUCAACACCCACACCGGAGAGAAACCUUUCGCGUGCCCGUAUGAGGGCUGCGGACGUAGGUUUAGCGUUCAGAGCAACAUGCGCCGACACGCUCGCGUCCACGAGCGGGGUUCCCAGCCUGGUCCGGAUGAAGAUAGCCAAGAGGACGAAGAGGAGCCCGCAGAAUCGUCCGCUGGAAAGAGCGGCCGCUAG